ACCCUUAUACAAAUUUAUUAACCAAAAAAUAAAUAUUGAUUAAACCAGCUCAGAGAUAAUGGCAGAAUCGGCGGAGAUAAAGAGUAAGCAGAGAGACUUCCCUUUGGCAUGUGUCAAUCAGCUCUCUUCAGCUUCUUCUUCUUCUUCUUCUUCGCCGGGGAUUGUCCGCCUCACCACCAACGCUGUUCAAAUUCACCACGAUUCUCACCAGAUUGCUCUCCAUGUUAACCUUCCAGAUAUUCAGAUAUUCAGAUUAGGUCCUGUUCAAUCGGUUUGCAUAGUGGAAGGUUCUGAUGCUGGCAAACAGACAUCUUACUCCAGAGGAGUUGCUAUACAGUUUAGAAAUGAGGAAGAGAGUGAGGCCUUCCAUUGUGUAUUCCAACAAUGGAAGAAGGAAUUCAAUGUUCAAGGAGGGAACAUAACGAAUGGAACUAAUGCAAUGACUUCCAAAAGCAAAUUUGAUGAAAAGAUAGAGCCAUCUUCUGCAAAAAUGUAUUUUCAUUAUUAUGGACAACUUCUUCAUCAGCAAAAUAUGUUGCAGGACUAUGUGAGGACAGGUACAUAUUAUGCUGCUGUUAUGGAGAACCGCACUGAUUUCUUUGGUCGUGUAGUAGUUGAUGUUGGCGCCGGCAGUGGUAUUUUGUCAUUAUUUGCUGCUCAGGCAGGUGCAAAACAUGUAUAUGCAAUAGAAGCAUCUGAAAUGGCAGAAUACGCACGCAAACUUAUAGCUGGGAACCCACUACUGGGUCAACGAAUUACCGUUAUCAAAGGAAGAGUUGAGGAUGUUGUAUUGCCAGAGAAAGCAGAUAUUCUGAUAUCUGAGCCCAUGGGCACCUUGUUAGUUAAUGAAAGAAUGCUGGAGUCUUAUGUUAUUGCCAGAGAUAGGUUUCUUACCCCUAAUGGCAAAAUGUUUCCUACAUCGGGAAGGAUUCAUAUGGCACCUUUCAGUGAUGAAUAUUUGUUUGUUGAAAUUGCUAGUAAGGGGCUGUUCUGGCAGCAACAAAACUAUUAUGGUGUUGAUUUGACGCCCUUACACGGGACUGCCUUUCAAGGAUACUUCUCUCAGCCUGUUGUGGAUGCUUUUGAUCCAAGGUUGUUAAUAUCUCCUUCUAUGUUCCAUGCGAUGGACUUUACCAAAAUAAAGGAAGAAGAGCUGUAUGAAAUCGACAUUCCUCUCAGAUUUAUAGCCAGUGUGGGUGCUAGAGUACAUGGUUUAGCAUGUUGGUUUGAUGUACUGUUCAAUGGAAGUUCUGUGCAAAGGUGGCUUACCACUGCCCCUGGUUCACCGGUAACUCAUUGGUAUCAGUUACGCUGUGUUCUCUUCCAACCUAUUUAUGUCAUGGCGGGGCAAGAAAUUACUGGCAGGCUGCACUUGAUUGCACACAGUGCACAGAGUUACACAAUCUAUUUAACCUUGUCAGCUAAAAUGUGGGGUCCUGGCGCUGAGCAAGGAGGGAUUCUUCAAACAUCAUCCUGUAAACUUGAUCUGAAAGAACCAUACUAUAGAAUGUCUCAACCUCAAGCUUAUCCGUCAACCCAAGAUCAUCAACCUCAACCAUUUUUAUCGGCACAGGAUGUAAAGAACCAAUCUUAAGAUUUGGAUGACACCGAGAUAAUGCAACAGCCUUCACCUUAUUCACGUGCUGAGAUUGACUCGUAUAUGCAGAAUGCAUAAGUUGAUGAAUACUGCUAACCCGUGUUCUGUUUGUAACAUGAAUCAGCUAGUUAGGGGAACAUGUCCGUCUUUAUCUGGACAUACCCCUUGCCUGUAAAUUCUUCAAAACUGCAUCUGUUGUGUGUUGUGAGUGUUUGUGAUCCUGAUUUUGUAUUUGAUUGCAUCAUAUUUAACCAGUAAUAUAUUGAAUAUUUAUGGCUGGAGAAAUUGAGAGCUGCUGUAAAAUUAUUAGAUUUUGAAUAUGCCACAAUAUCAGCUACAAUCCACAUAGAAAAGGGGAAAACGAAUCAUUUUUCGGCCAGUGGGUGAAAAUCUCACUUCUGCCAAC